CAGCGCUUCCUCUGUGACGUGGAAGACCUGGUAUGCGUGGACGUGGAUGCGGGAAUGAAGUUCUGGGACCAUGUGGGCAUGGAGAUCCUGUCCCCCCUCUUUGGCACCCCACACCCCGGUUUCUACUGGGCGGCCCCUGAGGACUUUAGCUACGAGCGCUGGCCACAGUCCCAGACCCACAUCCCCAGGGACCAGGGCAACUUUCAAUACAUGGGGGCCUUUUUUGGGGAAUUGGUGGUCGAGGUUCCCCGACUGACCUCGGCCUGUUACCAGGUGAUGGUGGUCAGCUGGGCCAAAGGGAUUGAGGCUGUGUGGCCCGGUGAGAGCCACCUGAACAGGUACCUGCUGGACCAUGGGCCCACGAAGUUGCUGUCCCUGGAGGACCUGUGGGACCCACGGCUGCUGGGCUGCCCGCCCCAUCAUUCCCCUGGUCAUGAAGAACCUGAGAUCCAUGGUUGUGCCCAAGAAUCACCAGGACACCAGAACUCAUCAAGCGCUGUCCCCAGAGGAGCUGUGUGA